CGGGCGCAAGGGGAAGAGACGAAGCGCGACCAAGAAUUCUGGUUUGAAGACGGAAACGUCACUCUGAUAGCCGGCAAUUUCGAGUUUAGGGUAUACAAGGGGGUCCUAUCGAAUCGUUCGCCAGUGUUCCGAGACAUGUUCUCCCUCCCUCAACAGUCCCCGUCCACUCCGUCGACCUGCCCGACAGUUCAUCUCUCUGAUUCUCCUGAAGACGUUCGUGAGCUCCUUCGUGCCCUCAUUCCUGGGAUCGAUUCCCCGUUUUCCCUCGAGACGCAACCCUCGUACCAGACCAUAUCCGCUUCCAUUCGCCUAGGCCACAAAUAUCAGCUCGAUCGCCUUGUUGAUGCAGCGCUUGCCUAUCUCCGGAGAUACUACACCACGGACUAUGACACCUGGCACAACAUUCACACGCAUUGCAAAACCCAUCCCCUCAGUCCUGUUCAUGCCAUAGGAGUGGUCAAUCUCGCUCGCCUAACAGGCGCCGAUGAUAUCCUCCCCAGUGCGCUAUACGCUUGCUGUACGCUCGAAGGUCCGCAGCUGGUUGAGGGCUUCCAACGCGAGGACGGUACCCCCGAAGUGCUCUCGAACGCUGACCUCGCGCGAUGCAUUCAAGGGAAGGCGAAUCUCACGAAGGAGAGGGUUGGGCAUGCCGUUGGUUUACACAGGCGAUUCCAGAGUCCUAACUGC